UGGGUGGUGCAUCUCGGUCGGGCAGCUAAGCAGCGCUUGGGAUAUGCAGGGCGUCCUUGGCCGGCUCAUGAGAUGCCACUGUGCAUUCGAAGCACCUCGCUAUCAUAUGAUGGUUGAUGCGGCGUCAUAGAGCUAUUGGAUGGCUGACACGGAUGGCUUGCCUUGGAUCUGAGUGUGCUGGCCGGGAUAAGCCAAUGAAUGAGCCGUCCAGGCAUUUUGCUGCCUACCACGCUCUCGGACACGUCGGUCUCGUUAUUUCCAUUACAGGCGUUAUCAACAGCUACCUGGCCACGUCGAAAGCAAAUGUCCAGCAUUUCAGACCUGCAUUGCUUGCCAUUUGUCCUCGUACAGACAGUAUCGCAGCCUUGCCGUUGACUACUUGCGCAGUCACGGUUGAGGGCGCAUCACACGGCUAAGGACAUGACCAUGACCAUGCCCAAGAUGUCUGGUGCCCAAUAACAGGCAAACACACUCCAGCCAGAGGGUCAGCCAACCACACACGUGCAAGUCCGCGUGCUCUCAGCCAUGCUUCG